CGGAAGGAGAGUCUGGAAUGGGAUACCCUGUCCUCGUGUACAUCCACGGAGAAUCCUACGAGUGGAACAGUGGCAAUCCCUACGAUGGGUCCGUCCUAGCAUCCUAUGGCAGGGUGGUCGUGGUCACUGUCAAUUUUCGCCUUGGUGUCCUAGGUUUCCUCCGCCCCGGCCCACAGUCCAGACUGAGCAACUUCGGCCUUCUUGACCAGAUUGCUGCCCUCCACUGGGUCAAGGAGAACAUCGUUCACUUCGGCGGCAACCCCGACAGCGUCACCAUCUUCGGUCACGGCACUGGGUCUGCCCUCGUCAACCUCCUCCUCGUUUCGCCAGUGGCACAGGCGUCGAAAGGACUCUUCCAUCGUGCAAUAUUAAUGAGUGGAUCGGCUCUCAGUCGAUGGGCACUAACAUGGGACCCGUUCAAGUAUACAAUUCAGAUAGCGAAGGCUGUCAACUGUCCCCUGAGCGACAGGGGCGAGGAGAUGGUAAACUGCCUCAGGAGGAAAUCUGUGGAAGAACUCCUUGACGUGAAGCUCCAGACUCCGCCCUUCACGACGCCCCUAGGACCCAUUAUUGAUAACCUCAUCGUCAAGACGGAUCCCUUUAGAUCCAUGUCCCAGGAUACGAGUAUCUUUGGCAAGUACGACCUGCUGUACGGGGUGGCUUUGGCCGAAAGUUACCACGUGCUCAACUCGCACGAAGCCCGCCACGGGAUGCCCACGAAACAGCGAAACAGGCUCCUGAGGGCUUAUAUUUCCCACAACUUCGACCACCAAACCCAGAACAUCUUCGCCUCCGUUGUCAACCAGUACACCCCAUGGGAGGACCAGAUGUCGAUGAACAGCGACGAGGAGGCUCGCGACCAGAUUCUCGAGAUCCUCAGCGACGCCCAAAUCGUGGCUCCUGUGGUUCGGAUGGGCGAGCUGCACUCGGACAUCAACCCCAAGAGUUUUUUCUACUGCUUCACUCAUCAGAGUGUAUACGGAGAUUACCCAGUGAGUCAGGGCACAGUACAUGGCGAGGAGUUACCAUAUAUAUUUGGGGCGCCACUGGUGGGAGGUUUCAAUCACUUCGGCACCAAUUACACUCACGAUGAAGUAUUCCUCUCCGAACUUGUCAUGACAUUGUGGACCAACUUUGCAAAAACAGGAGACCCAAACUUGCCAACUCCUCAAAAUUACACAACACAACCUGAUCUGAGAUGGUUAGAAAAUCUGAAGACAUUGUGGCCCCCAUAUGAGAAGCAGAUCCAACGGUAUCUUCACAUCGAUAUGGACGUUGUGAGUAAGGACCACUAUAGAGCCCAGAAAAUGGCCCUGUGGAACCGCUUGGUUCCUGACCUCAUCUUAUCACGCCCAAUAACUGAAUCUCCUACCGACAUCCCAUGGGCCACACGUCCACCAGUCACAUUUACUUUCGUUCCAACGAUAAAACCAUCAAUGCCUAUUCCAUUCACUGAUUUCCCAACGAUUCGUCCAGCACCCCCAAAACCAAAACCUUCAAUGAAGUCACCCCCGAGAAUAUACACACUUGAUGGAACCAUGCCUCCUGAUACAGAACCAUCACCAACACCACCAACAUAUGCUGGAACUCCUAUUAGCAUUGUUAUUCUUGUGGGUAUAUGCAUCUUGUUUAUCAACUGUUGUGCUAUGGGAGUAGUCUAUUAUCAGCGUGAUAAAAUUAAAUAUCAGUCAAACCUUCUAAAGAAAACUUUUUUCUCAAGGAAAACUGAUGAUUCAGAAGAAAGGGUAUCCGAUGCACCAUCAUCCAGUGCAAUGAAGGAAAGAAAGCACAGGAAAAAGGAAAAUAAAAGUGACUAUGAAGUCAGUGAUGAAAUUCAUUCUGAAUCAGGAUCAAGGGCAUCUGGUGUUUCUAGAACAUCUGGUGUAUCAAAGGAGUCAGCUUCAAGAAGAAAGCAUUCACAGUCUACUCAAGAGUCAUCAUCGAAGCAAGAGACACCUAAAAGUUCAUUGAAAAGUAAGAGCUCAAAGGAUGGGCAUAAAAGGCACAAAAGUGAAAACUCCAUAUACAGUGAAAUAGGAAGAACAGCUGAAGUUCAUGUACAUGCAGAAGCUUCAGGACCGUUCAAGUCCAGCCUUCGUAAAAAUCCAUCUGUUAAGUUCAAUACCAUAGGUGGAGGCUUACCACCCAAGUCUGUUACCAAGAGUACUACUUCUAUAACUUCAAAAGCUUCUAUUAGGAGUAAUGUUUCACGUGCAUCUGUUAAAAGUACCACAUCUCGGUCUUCUGUUAAGAGUUCAACUUCAGAGAAACGCCUGAAGAAAAAUGCAAGUUGUCAGAGCCUGCCUACUGCAGAGUAUUCUUGGGGUAUAACCCCUGAAAUGACAAUGACUCAGCGUGAUGAUCCUGAAGGUAGAGAUGACCAGCGAUCACCAGUUGAUCGUCAGCAAACACUUGCCACAAUGCAGAAGCUCCACUGUCCAAAAGUUUUACCAGAUCAUCCAGAUGGCAUUCACUCUGCAACUUUACCAAAGAUGAGACCACCACCACCACCACGUUCAACCUCCCUAACUGCUAAAGACCUGCAAGAGUUAGAAGAAAAUGUUCAUGUAGUAUAUAGAAAGAAACGAACACCCCGAAGAGAUGCAUCAACAGACUCUUGUGAUUUAAGUGGCAUGGAUAACAUUUAUGGAAUGGGUGUAGAUAAUGUGCCAGCUUCAAUGUAUGGAGCCCCUGCAACAACAGCUACCGUAAAUAGAGUAAGAACACGAAAAAGUGAUGGAGCUGCUGAUUAUGGAAGAACAGGAUCAACUACAGAAUAUAUUAGAUCAGCAAAAUCAGCAGACUAUGGUCGCCAAAUAGCAUCUCCUGAAUAUGGCAGAAUGGGAGGAAGUGGCAGUUACACUCAUCAGGGUACAGGACCAGCAUACUCUGGGUACAUGCCUUAUGAAUCCUCAUAUGCAUGUAAAGAGAGCAGUAAUCCUUCAGCUCCCAGAACCCCUACUACCCCAACAGCUGCUGAUGAAACAAAAACUUUUGCCUCAUACAGUGGUGGGCUACGAACUCCUAGGGGGCCCCUAGCUACUUUCGGUAAAACAACCACUCAUUCUCCUACGAAUGAAAAUGUGCAGGAACAACCACGUCCCCAUCCUGCCAACAAUAGUACCAGCACUUCUCCUCCAGUUCCAAAUACUGCUGCAGUAGUUACUGCAGCUGCCCAGACUGCUUUAGCUACAGUAACUGCACCAGCCUUUGUAGGUGCAAGCAGUCCAGGAAAAUCAGGGGCAUCAUGCAGUACAUCCCCAGCAGCACUUAGUCAUUCAGCUGUUUUUCAUCAAGAAUCUGCCUCCAGUUCAGAUACAGCCACUGUUUAUGAACAGAGUGAAAAUACAGGCACUAUUAAAAGAAGGAAAUCUGUUAAGAAAGACAAUGAGGUUAAAACUGUAGUCAUUCAUGAACCAUUUGAUAAACCAUAUGACAAGCCUCUGAAAGGUGUAUUAAAACAAACAUCAGCCUAUGACAAACCUAAGCCUAUGAUGGCAAAGGCACCUGGUGCAUCUCCCAGUGCAUCUGCUUCAAGUCUUAGUAGUGCUACUAGUACAGAUGUAGGAAGUGGAGCAAGUGGUAAUAAUGAAGUAGUAGUGCAAGGGAUUCUGCAAAAGACAUCAUCUCUGAAAAGGAGUAAUGUACGUCCUGCAACACCGGGCACCAAACACAAAACUAAACACGACAAUCACACAUCUACUACGGUAGCACAUGUUAAAUUACCAGAGUGAAUGACUGUUGUAUUUUUUAAGGAAUUUAGAUCACUGCGAGGUGAAUCUCGCAAAACUGUUUCAUUGAAGAGGUAUUCCUCUAAGAAGAAGAAAUUGAGCUAUUUUAUUACACAUGCUACUCAUUACUGCGUUCUUGAAAUAAGAGGGCAAAUACUCAGGACAAAGCUUUCAUGACAAUUGCUCCCUUGACAUUUAGAUAGUGGCAGCAAUGUCAGACCCUGUUUUCUUACCAAAUAGUUAUUACAUUUUCCAUAUGGACUUGUUUCACUGACAGACUCAGAGAAUAUUGCUUGUGUGUUGUCAUUUUUAUAUCUAGGGGGAUAUACCUUCAUAAAUUCUUAGUUUUCUUAAAAGCACAAUAUUUGUAAGAUUAUGAAAUGUAUGUUGGAAAAUAUUAGCAUCUCUUGUUUUGUACAAGACAUACUUCUCGCCUAUCUUUUUCUUUUUGUACAUUACAUUAUACUUUCACCUCAAAUCAUUAACCAAUGAACUCUACUGCAUUCUUGUACAAUGACAUUGAUUUAUCUGCCUAGUAGUAUUUAUUUCAAAGCAUAUAUGUAGUAAUUUUAAAGUAUUUAAAACAACACUAUGGUCCAACCAUAUUUUUACUUUGAAAAAUUAAGGUAUGCAGGUUUCAUGAUUUUGAUUUUGCAAGCCAUAUGCUUUGGAACUGUUAUGCAAAACUUAAAAGCAGGUUAAGGAUUACUGGAUUACUUGCCUUCGGAAUGCAGUAUGACUUAUCAUGAACCUAAACAAUAUACCUUGUAAUGAUAAAAUCAAUCAAAAUACCUCAGGAAUUAUUUUCAUUUUAUUUGUACGAGGUUCUUGUUCAAUGGUAAUGACUCAUUUUUGUAAUCCAGAUUCACCUUUUUUAAGGAACAUUCAGCUCUGAAUUAAAGUACGUAUUAAGCAAUUUUUUAUUCACCCAGAGCGGUUAUAAACUUGUUCUAAAUUGUUUAUUCAUUUUCAGUCUGUUAAAACAGUAGUAAUGAAAUUGAUUUAAUUGAAUCUUGUUUUCAUACUUAGGGUAAGAUGGUAUUGAAAAUCAGUUAAUUUGUUAAUUUGAUAUUAGCAAUUGCAUUAAAAUCAGUACUGGAUCUUACAUCAAUAAUUUUAUUGGAUUUUACUUUAAAGUCUAAGAAAAAAACUGUAGUAUACAGUAUGUUUUCUAUGUAUGUACUGUACAAAUACAGUAAAAACUUCGAGAGACAUUCUUGUUUGUUUAUGAAAGGAUAUCCUUUAGGUAUGAUGGACAUUGUUUGUUUAUGAAAGGAUAUCCUAUAGGCAAGAUGGUAAUGAAAGUGUAUUUUUGCAAUUUUUAUUAAACCACAUAGAUUUUUGCCAUUAGGUUAAGAAACUUUGUAAUGUUAGUUCCUAUGUGAGUUAAUUUAGGGAAUCCAAACAGUGACUUGUAAAUAUUUGUUAAGCAACUAAAGUUGCUAAGCAGUGGAAGAAAUAAGUACGUAUCAGUAUUUUCACAUUAAUUUGUAGGGGGCUUUCUACAGACUGAGAAGAAAGGAGACCCUUGUUAUUGUAUUAUUUUAGUGUAAUUAUGUCGAACUAACAAAAAAAGUUCAUUGAAUAAGCAUUCCCCACAGUACUAGAUGUUAUAUGAAAAAGAUCUUGUAAAUGUUUUGUGUAUUUUUGUGGUUUUAUGUAAAAGGUUUUCCAAAAGCUUGACUGAUUUGCACCAUGAAUUAGUCAAGAAUAUAUAUAGUUUCCAAGAUCUCAUUAAAUAAUUUGGAAAGUCCAGAGGGUUAUUAUGUAUUCAUAAUGACUGUUACUCUUAAGGAUCAGAUCUGUAGAACUAGCCAGCCUCUUUUGCUGUAGUUAGGAUUGCUUCACUGAAUAACAUUCACGUCGGUAAUUAUUUUUUUAGAGCGCCUUAGAACUGUUACUUGUACUCUGCCAGCUUACCAUGCAGUGGUUGUAUGGAGAAAUAUCUGAAAAGUAAUUAUCGGAUAACAUUUGGGGACAAUUUUUUUUCAUCUUGUUUCACAAUGAAAUGAUUUUAUAUAUAAUAAUACUCAAAUAUUUAGGUAGCACAGAGGUCUUACAAUUGAGUAACUAUGCACAAAAGGUUUUUAAUUCAGUGUUUAAGCCCUCAGCUCUCAAGUGUAAUGAUUUAAAAUGCUCCUACUGAACCCUAUGUUUACACUUUUAAGGUAAAGAGUAUUUUGUCUGUUAUUAAGUUCUUUGUUAGUGUAAUAAGAAUGAACCUGAUACAAUAUUUGUAUACUCCUUUUUAAAGUUGAGACUGCAAUUCCUUUCCUUUGGCUAAUAUACAAAAUUUUUAUGCCAGUCUAUCACCAAUUUAUUAAACUAUGAACACCUGAUACUAGUGUACUUUAAAAUCAAUAUAAUUUGUCUUAUACAAAGUAAAAAUUGUUGCAUAGGUUCAGAUGACUGUGUACAAGUCAACUGCACAAUGAUAAUGAUAGACCUUCAAACAAGAACACCAAAUAAAAUCAAAGAAUAUUAUAA